AUGAGAAACUCUCGCGACAUUGCUAAGUUCAGAUCAAUACUUCAAAACAUAUAUGCUUGGGCUAUUAGAGAUUUUAGGCCCUUGAUGGUCAAAUAUAUCGACCAGUGGGAGUAUAUUCAUUCCCAAGCCUUCCUACACGCCAAAAGAACCGCAGUAGCGUUUCGACAGGAAGAAAUAGAAACAAGGAGUCGGCAGCAAAGCCCCGAAGCUGACGAGUCACCUACCAAGCAGUUGGAACACACCGUCGACAGGAUGAUGUCAAUGAACCUGAAUGAUAAAGUGACUCCGACCUCCAACAGGCAUGGGAGUCCCAUUUCGGCAUCUUCAACUCCACCGACCGGUUUGCGACGAAGCGCACGAAUAAAAGCACUGCGCGAUGCGCAAGUAUCCCCCAGUUUGACUUCUCAAUUGGAGAGGUCGGCCUCACGUCUUAAGAAAACUAUAGCGGCUGGGCCUUUGAAGCAACGAGAAAGCGGGACUAAGUUUCUCGCAGGACCAAUUGAGAUUGAAGUUGAUGGGAGUACCAGUGAUGAGGAGUAUGAACAAGUUGAGGAAGAUGAUGAGAGCGGCGAUGAUGACGAGGAAUGUGAGUACGAUGAUGAGGCUCAUGGGGAAGAGAGUGACCACGAGAACCUUGUAUGGGACUAUGUUAGGAAGAAAUAUGUGCCGGUGUAUGAAUAG